CGGCGGUGAAAAUAUAAUCGCGCGGUUACUUAGCGUGUUUUCGGGAAGGGUCCAGACAUGAGUGAGGAACGAGCAAAAUUAUUCUACCAAAGUUGCCGAUUCCCUUCCUUUCCUCGCUAAAUCAUGUCAUCCGUAUGGAAGAGGCUUCAAAGGGUCGGCAAGAACGCGUCAAAGUUUCAAUUCAUAGCGUCUUACGAAUCGUUGACUGUGGAAUGUGCGAAGAAUGGAAAAUGGUUACCUAACAAGUUAAGUGUAGUAUGGACAAGAAGAAAAAGAAGAAAGCCGUCGAAGCUUCAGUCAUGGCAUCCAGGUAUAGCCAACCCAUUUAGAGGUGUGGUCGUGUGGCCAGAGCCAGAGGACAUUGAGAUCACUGUCACCCUUUAUCAGGAUUCAAGGCCUGGUAGUAGAUUUGAAGACAAGGAGUGGACGUUUCUUAUCGAGGAUGAAUCCACUGGAGGGCGCAGAAAGCCCAUUGCCUAUGCCAACAUAAACAUGGUAGACUAUGCAAGUGUAGAGUCCACCCAGCGUGAUGUCUCCCUUAAGCUCAAGCUGACAUCAAAGAAGCUGGUUUACGCCAGUUUGGACCUCAAGUUGUCGUGUGUGCUCAUUAAGGAGGGGAAAGCAACGGAUGAGGACAUGAUGAGCAUCGGCAGCAUGAUGAGUCUCAAUGAGAUUGGGAGCCUGGCAGACUUUGAGAUUGAGCCUGUAGUAUCAACCCCUCAGCCGCUCCGCAAGCCACAUCACUCACGUGUCCGCACCCAGGCUGACAAUGUCUCUCUUGCCCAACUAAAGGAGGCGUCUCAUGACAGCGGCAGUGACACUGGCAGUAUAGCAUCUGAAGGCAGGCAUACAAAGGCCAAAAGAGUGCGGUCUAGAUCUGUCACUCCUCCAGACAAGAGUAACAAGUAUAUGGUUCACGAGCAGCACAGAGAUGACAAUAGCAAGCGGCCAACAAGUACUACCUCUAUGACUGACGACAAGGAGGACAAUGACUUGGAGAAGGACAAGAACCAAAGUGCUGCUGAAGCUGACUUGUUAAAGUGGUGUAAAAAUGUUACCAAGGGCUACAAAGGGGUGAAGAUUAAAAAUACGACAACAUCCUGGCGUGAUGGACUGGCAUUCUGUGCAAUCAUUCACCACUUUCACCCAGAUCUCAUCGAUUUUUCUUCGCUGGAUCCUCAAAACAUCAAGGAGAACAACAAAUUGGCGUUUGACAAGUUUGAGCGACUUGGAAUACCACGUCUGCUGGACCCGACUACCAUGGCUAUCAUGUCUGUCCCAGACAAGCUGUCCGUGAUGACAUACCUCUUCCAAAUCCGCACUCAUUUUAACAAACCGCAAGCUAGCACACAAAAGCACUACAAAUCUUUCUCACUUUUUAAAGCAAAAAGACACUCGCAUUCGCCCAAGCCAAGCGACUCUGAAGAAAAACAUGACUCAGAUGGAAGUUCUUUAAAAGAUUUUAGCAAAGAGUUUGAGGUUUAUGCACCAAAGGUGGGCUCUUCUACUAAAACAGUGUGUCAUGAGAGUUUUCCGCAAUCUCUGAGUGCGAGGGGAACAGAGGAUGCUACAAGGAAUAAACAGGGUGAGGUUAAAAACACUACGAGUGCCAGAGGAUCAGCUAUUAGCCCUGGAACUUCGCCUGUGAAAGGUAUUUAUGAGGUUGUGGGUAAAACGGCGCCCAAGGGACAAACAAUAUACAACCCUUUUGAGGACGAUGAUAACAUUGAUGAUGAUGACGAUAUAACUAAAGGGAAGGCAGUAUCUUUAAGUAGUGGUGGUCUUUCUCCAGCUAAGUCAAUGAGCUCGAAAGAAUCUGGUAAAUGCGAAACUAAAGUUGAAAGUACAAUAAAUACCUCUAAUAAGGUGGGUACAAAACAAGCGAAUUCGAUCGUUAAAGAGAACUAUAAUCCAUUCGAUGAUGAUGAGGAUUUGGGAUCUCCACAGGAGAAGAACCCUCUUGCGGAUAUCAUUAGCGAUAUUAGGAAACCUGAUGGGUACAAUCCCUUCUUUGACGAGGAUGAUGAUGAUACAGGCUUGAGAUCUCCUCAGGAGAUCAAGCUUGAAAUAAAAACCGAGGCGGAAACUACGAAGAACACUAAGACUGCCGUUGUGAGACCCGGGUAUAACCCAUUUGAGGACGAGGCCACGUCCCCUUCUCCGUUACCUGACGUAUCGGACAAAAAGCAGGCACCACCCAUGUCCAAAACCCCGGUGUUAAGUACUAAAAAGCCAGUUGAAAAGAAGGCUUAUAAUCCGUUCGAUGACGAAGAAGAUGAAGUAGAGGAACCUGUUAAAAAGGGUGUGGCGCCUGGAAUGGGACAAGGGGAACGUAAGACAAGUGACCCAGCGUUCAGACGGAACAGGUUGACCGCCAGUGGACGAAGGGUCAAGUUGCCGGCACCCAAGCCUCGUGGAGCGCCUUACCGACCAAGUCCCCCAAGGACUGGUGAUGGAGUAGCGAAGGACACGAGUAAGGGGGCCGUGGUGUCACCUGCAACAAAUAAGGGAACUGAUGGUGCAACAACAAACAAAUCAACACAGCAGAUAAAGCCGCCAGAUGAAGCGACAUCUCCUGCUAAACCAGAAGAAGACGACCCUUGGGUCAUUAGACUACCAGCUAAACAAUCCCGUGCACACCGUCCGUCCAGACCACCUGGCCCAUCUCGACCUGUCCCAGCCCCAAGGGCAGCACCCAUCCCUAGCUUUAGCGAGUGGAAGAAGUCUAAUGAGUCAACGGGUGAUAGCUUGAGUGGCGGGGCGAGUCCGGCAAGAACAACGAGUCCCGCAAGAAUAACGAGCCCCGCAAGAGCUUCCAGUCCCGCUGGACGCGCCAGUCCCGCACGAGGCGUGAGUCCCGCAUCCCGUGGAAAGAGGCCUGCUCCACCCGCACCAAGGACAAGUUCUCCUGUCCAGAAACCAAGCAUAACCGAAAAGUCAGUGCCUAAAGAAGAUACACAAGGACCUCGAGGAUCGGACCAAAAACCGGCCGAUGGCAAGAAUAUUUGCAAGGAAAUUAAAACGGAGGAAUCCACAGAAAAGGAGCCGUCAGAGGGUAAAGAAGACAUAAAACUUCUCGCACGAAAAGUCCUCAUGGAGGCACGCAAAAAAGCUGGUGCUAACACAGCAUUACCAAGGGAACUAGUCGCCGAGAUAGGCGCAGCCAAGACUACCGGGGCUAGUGACAACAUAGGGGAGGGUGAGGAGAAUUGUCAGGAUCAGAAAAUGGUGGAGAAACCAAUGUCUACUCAGGGGGAGGUGGAGAGGAGUAAGCCUGUAAAAGCACCAGCGCUGAGUCACGAAAGCCUCAGAAAAAAACUACAGACAGAGGCAGAACGUCAAGAAAAGCUCACCUCUAAAGUCCGUGGCAAUCUGGAAGCGAGGAGAAGAAAAGACAUUGAUCAAAACACUGAGAAUGAUCCCGACAAGAAACGAAGAGUCCAGCUAAAAGCAAGCACGCUUGUGAAAAAGGCAAAUAGCUCAUCAGACUCGUCCCAACCCUCAUCCCCCACGUGCAAGGGAGAGUCAUCCACCAAAGCCAACCUAUCCAGCCCGCCCGUUGAUUUAGACACCCCAGAGACAGGCGUUCAGCCUCUGGAAAAUGGCACUGAUGAGCCAGUCAAGAGGGGGUACAAGAUGGAGCAUAGACCGCUUAAGUUGAAGCUGGGCAAAGAUCGCAACAAGGAACAGGGCCAUGAGAAGUCAGAGUUCGAGGAGAGUGAAAAGCUUAAAGGAAUACGCGCUGUGCUGAAUGAAGUAAAGUCAGAGAAGAAGGAGGAUAAGAGGGCAGAGGAGAAAGCUACAGGGGAUAAGGGAACCGAGGAGAAUUCUACAGUGGAUAAGGGAACCGAGGAGAAUUCUACAGUGGAUAAGGGAGCAGAGGAGAAUUCUACAGUCGAUAAGGGAACCGAGGAGAAUUCUACAGGGAAUAAGGGAACCGAGGAGAAUUCUACAGUGGAUAAGGGAGCAGAGGAGAAUUCUACAGUCGAUAAGGGAACAGAGGAGAAUUCUACAGGGGAUAACGGGUUGGGAGAGAGUUCCUCUGUUGUUGAUUCCGAGAAGAAGGCAGAAGGCUACAGUGUGAUGCCAGUUUCAAACCCCUCUGAAACCGAUGUUCCCAAAUCUCCAACUAGGUACAAGCGUCUGGAGAAGAAGAGGAAAGAAUCAGCCUCAUCAUCCAAUUCCGAAAACGAGCUGUCAGUUUCUCCUAUCCCUUCCUCGCCACCUCCACCAGAACUACCGCCAAAGGAAAAAAAAGUAGCUGAAGACACAAACUGCCCUCCUAACCAAAAGGGCAACAAGAUGGGACACAGGGCUGCAGCUCAGGCUUAUGCACGAACCAGAAAAAUGAACUUUGAUAGCUUUGAGCUGAAUCCUGUGGUGAAACCCCCCAGCUACCCUCCACCACCCCCACCAAAACCUCCACGCACCAUGGAGUAUGGCACUACGACAGACAAGCAAGACAAAGAUAAACCCGAAAGGGAAGAACAUGACAAGAAAUCAGAUGAGGAUACAGACUCGCUGAACCCCUUUGAAGAUGAGUUUGAAAGUACCCUUGAAAGUGAGCGAAUGGGACUACAGGACACGACGGAGUAUGUCAAGCAGGAGCUGGUGGCACUGGAGGAGGAACAACUUGCACUCGACCUGGUGGCGGCCAAGCUGGAGAGAGAACUGAGGACUGUUAUGAAACAUAAAGGUUGUAAAGAUGAGGAGGAGAAGUUGCUACAGGAGUGGUUUAUCUUGGUCAACAAAAAGAAUGAGUUGGUGCGACGCCAGACGGAAUUAAGCCUACUUGAAAAGGAGGAUGACCUGGAGAGGCGAUACGAGUUGCUGAACAGAGAGCUCAGAGCACUGCUGGAAAAGGAGGAUUUUGAGAAAACCAAAGAGGAGAAAGCACGUGAGGCAGAUCUCUUAGAGGAACUUGUCGAGCUCGUCAACAAACGGGACCAGUUGGUACAACUUGAAGAUUCUCAAGUACAGCAAGCGGAACGAGAUGAACAGCACAUCCAGAAUGUGAUGAGAUCUGUACAGUUAUCACGUGGCAAGAAUGAAUGCAGCAUACAAUAGCUUAUCAACACAGCAUCACUACAGAGCCAUAACGGAAAUAAAAAAAACUUGGGGGGUGGCACAAUACAAGUGGUAUUAUGAAAGCUAGGAGCACAGCCACACCCCUUAGGUGGGGCACUGACCCCACCCAAAACAAGCAGAGGGAACGUUAACACUACAUUAUUUACCAUAAAGUUUUAAGAACAUCCCACUUGUACUUUCAUGGUCUUCUGCUUCAUGUUUUGGGUAGUUAUCAAAAUGUUCAAUCCAUAUACAUCAAGAGGUAUCUUUUUAGAAUUUUAUUUUAUUUUUUUUAACUUGCCUCCAAUUUAAAACUUAUCUCGAUCCUCACUUUAGGUGCUGCAUCAUCCAAAGCCGUAGCAGGCCACAUAAGAUUGUGGGGGCACAAUACAGAAACAUUUAGAAAAUAUUGGGGGGGGGGGGGGAGUCACAGCAACACCCCUUUUGGUCAUUUCCUCAUAAUUUUUGAAAAUUUCAGUGUGCACAUGCCCCCAGUUCUCCACCCCCUGCCAUGGCCAUGUCAUCAGUUACAAAUAUUGAUACCUGUAGGCCAGGCUAAGGGUUGUCACCAUAUGAGUCUUUUGAUAGUACUAUAUGGUAUAUCAAUAAGAUGACCAAGAAAAUCAUAAAGAUAUUUAAAUGGGGGCCGGUGGUCAAGUCAAUUGUUGCACCUUUAACUUAUUUACCCCUUCACCUAUAGCAAGUCUGAGUGCUCGUUUUGCAAAGCAUGAUUUGUUUCAUCUAUUUUCUCCUGCACCACUUUUAUCUGCUCUUGUGCUACAUACGACUCCCAAAUGUAAAAUGCCCCUAGCAUAGGUUUACUGAAAAAAAUUCCCAUUAGCUCCCGUGAUCUUAUUAGGGAAAAUCAAAGAGGGCAACUCUGGGCAGGUCUAGAUGUACUAAGAGAGUACUUUUCCAUACAGCUAUUAUCUUGUAGUGCGUGGUCGCUUGGACCAUAGAAUGACGGUGAUAACUGUAACAAUGGUAGUAUCCAUGAGUCAGUCACAGGAGUAAGGACAUAAGGAAUAUAAUUUGUAAGCUAAAUUCUGAUCCUAAAAUUACAAACUUCUCUUUAAACUAACUGAAAUGUGUAUUGUUUUGCAAUGGGUUCUCUGUUUACUUUGAAAACCCAGUGUAGCUAUGUUGCAUAAUUAGAGCUUGAUCCUGCCCUGGUAGGAGUUUGUUAAGAGCAUUUCUCAUGCUCAUAGUAGCCAGGCGUGACCAUUGCAACUUGAACAGUUAUUAAGUCAUAUUUUAAUUUUUCUUGCAGGCUUUAGUCCAGGAAAAGUUUAAUGACAAGUUCAGUAUGGAUAUUUUCAGUUUUCAAUUUACGGAAUUUAAAGGAAAUUGAAAUGCUUACUUAGACAUUGUAAACUACAAAGUAUGUUUUCCUAAUAUACACGUUAUUUAUAAAGUUAAAAUUAAAGUUAUAAUAUAAUUAUAUUAUUAUCACUAGUGAAUUUUUUCCAGCAUUAUUAUAUUCUGUAAAUAGAAUCUAGUUAUUAUCAAAAUGUUAUGACUUCAUUAUAGUAUGCAUUAUUAUUGAUACUAGAAUUAAACUAAGUUAUAUUAAAUAAACCGUACAUUGAAAACAA